AUGAACAAGCUUUUGUUCGUCGCUGGACUGCUGGUCCUUUUUGUGAGCCAAUCAAUGGCGGCGGCUUUAUCCGCGGAAGACGAGGCUGAGGGCCACAACAUCGAGAAAAGAAGUACCAACUAUGGAGGUAGACCCGGAUACCAACCUCAACCUGCCGGCUACAAGGGUUACUCGACGCAAUAUUAUUACCCUGUGUACAACUACCCGUAUUACUCCCAUUACUACUACCCAUACGGAGGUUAUGACUAUUACAACUACGGCUAUCCUUACCCAGGGGGUUACGGGGGAAGAUACGGAUUCGACCAAAAGUUCGGUUUUUAUGGAGGAAGAGGUGGAUUUGGCGGGAAAAGAGGUGGCUUUGACGGAAGAAAAUUCGGAUAUGGUGACUUCAAAAAGUAUUAA